AUGUAUUUCUUAAUCAUAAUUUUUGGAUUUCACAUUUUUCGAUUAAACUCAGAGGCAAUAAAUUGCUAGGUUCGAAAAGCCUAGCCAAUAAUAUCCUGCCAAGAAUACUUUUCAGGUUGCUUUAUAUUGGAAGGAAAUGAGGAGGAUUACUACAAAUUGAAAAGUGUUGAUAAAGAAAUUAUAUAAAAGUCAUUUAUUAUUCCUUACAAAGACAUGCCAAUCUAAAUCAAAGUAUUCAAAUUUUUGGACUAUGUUAAAAUAUAAGAAAAACUUAUAUGUUCAUUAUUUCUGAAUUCUUUGAAAUAUUAUAUAACAUGUAUCAGCUUUGAUACAUUAGAUUUCGAGAAAAAUUAUGGGAAUAUAUAAGAGAAGCUUAAAAUAGAGACAAGUAUUUCUUAAGAAGAAAUCUGUGAUGAAAUUCAUUAAUUGAAUGAGAGCUUUUAUUUAAUUUGUUUGAGCAAAUUUCAAUUAAAAUUAUAUUCCGUAAGUUUAAAAGGUGAUACAAUACUUAUUAAUGACCUUGAUGUGUCUAUUUAAAUCUUAGAUUAGUGCAAGAUGAAAUAAUAAAAGAUAUUAAAAAAAAAUUAUUUUAUAAUUGCUUUUUUCUAAUGCUCAUAAUGGAUUAUUGUUGAGAUUAAUGGUAAGGAGAUGAAAAUUAUUUUACAAUCUAAAAUGGAUGAAAUUAUUCCCUCCCUUUUAGCAUUUUCUAAAGUUGAUGAAGUAUGUAUUUGCGAUUCAAAAAUCAAGUUUCUAAUUAUUAUAGAAGGAAAUAAUUACCUUCAAGUUAGAUGGAGCAAAAAUGGAGUUCUUUCUUAAUUAUUUCAGAGCGAAAAAAGAAUCUUAAAAAUGAUAAUGAAUAAUAAUUGCAAUAGUAUUAUGCUAGUCACACAUGUAAAAGAAAAUAAUUCUUAACUAAUUUAAUAUUUCGAUAAUGAAAUUGUAUUAAAUUACUCUUUUCAAGGAGAACAAUUAUAUUUUUCUUCCUAAAUUUUCUUUAUAUAAAAUUAAACAGAAUUCAUAAUUAGUAUUGAUCAACAUAUAACUCAAAAACACUAAAUUCUUAAUUCAUCAUUGGUUUUGCUAAAAGAAGAUAAUUUAUUUUAUUAGAUAGACAAACUUAAUAAUUUGUUAUAAUUCUAUAGAUAUUUUCCAUUUAGUAGUAUUAUUGAACCCAAAUAAGGAUUUCUAUAUAUUAUUUAGAACUUCAUAAACACACGUAAAAUAUCAUUAAAAAGAUGUCUAAAAAUCUAAUAUGAAAAUAAUUUGGAGGAGAAAAAUACAGUAAAAUAAUAUACAUUAAUUCUCAAAAAUUGCUAAGAGAAACAGAAAAUUAAGUUUAGUAUUGAAGGCUUUUAAUCAUAUUUCUAACAAAACUUUUCUUUUUUUGAUAAUCAGAAUAAUUUAAUUAACCUUAGUAUAAGGAAUGAAGAAAAAGUAGAAAACCUGUGCUAUGAACAAUUAAAAAGAUAUAAGUUUAAAAGCAAGAUUUAGUUAAUAUCUAUAAAAUCUUUGCACUUUAUAGUUUUUCAAGUUGAGAAUACAAUAUAUUUCCAAAAUUGCUAAACUAAAAAGAUAUAUUUGAGCUUAAAUAAGAAUCAAUAUGAAGUAUUUGAAAGUACGGAACACUAUUAUUUAAUUGAUAAAAUUAAUAAAUAAAUAAAAGUGAUUUAUUCUUUUUAAUAGAAAAUGAAUUCCAUUAAUAUAAACGAGAAUUUUGAAAUACUUAAGGUUUAAAAAGUAGACUAAUAACUAAUGAUUUAUUUAAAAAAUGAAAAAUAUCCUUUUUUGCUCUCAAAAUCGCAUUUUUUAUUAAAUAAUAAGAAGUAUCUUUCAGCAAAUCUUUAUUAGCCAGAAGAAAUUCUUUAUUAUCUAGAGUUUGGGAAUUAUAAAAUAAUUUAAUAUCCAAAUUUGCUUGCAUUUGAAUACAAUGAUGAGGUAACGUGCUUUCAUAUUUCUGAUUUAAUAUUCAUUUCUUGCAGGAAUUUGCUAAAAUAUGCAUUUACAAUUUGGGCGGUACAAAGCCAUACUAAUUCAAUACUUCUUUAUAAUUUUGAUUUAUAUUCUUUACAUUAAAUCUAUAAUUAUACUUUUAAAGAACACUAAAUUUACAAUCCACUAGAGUACUUAUAUAUGUCUUCACAUUUAGCCAUUUUAAUUAAACAAAAUUAAUCUUUAUUUAUAGCAAUAAUUGGAUUUAAAGAUCUAAAAAUCGAGUUGAUUGAUAUUAAAAGCACUGAAGGAAUCUAUUUCGAAAUUAUGGAUAAUACAUUAGUAUAUUUUAACAAUGGCUAUUUAAUGCAAUAUAAUUUGCUCGAUAUAACUGCAAUUAUAGAAACUAAUAUAUCGUCCUCGCAUCCCUUGGUUUCCUCAUAUUAAUUCUAAUUGAUGUCAUCUUAAUAUAAUCAUGAUAAAAUCCCCUUUGAAGUUAUUAUUUAAAACAGGUGUUAUAAUGUAAUUUCUAUUAAGAAUUCAACAUCUGUUAAACUCAAAAAAAAUUAAAUUUUGCCUAUUCAAAUUUCAGAAUAUUUUUCAGGUCCAAUAAAUAACUUAACAAUUUAAGGAUAUCCCACAAUUAAAUUGAGAAAUCCUUUUUACUAUGCAAAAGAAAUCACAAAUUGUCGAUAAGAAGCAUUCUUGUGUAUUAAACAUUAUCAAUUGAAUAAAUUUAAUGAAAAUGAAGCAUAGAAAACGAAAUAUCAAGUAUCAGCAAUAAUCUUAGAAGAUAAAACUCUAUUUCAAAUCCAAAAAUCAAAUGUUUAAGAUAAUGCCAAUCAAAUAUUUUUGAUAUAGGAUAAUUUGUUUCUCUGGUUUUCACUAUUAGAAGAUAAUCUAAAAAUACAAUUAUUGUAAUGUAAAAUGAAAGAUGAUGAAAGUUGUAUAGAACUCUUUACAAAAGUCAUAAACUUUAAAACUGAAAGAAAUUUGAAUUAAAUAAUUUUCAAAACAAAUAAUUUAUUUAAAGUGCAAGAAGAUUAGAAGAAUUAGAUUCAUAUUUUUAUCAAAAAUUAGAAUUUUAGUAUAAUUAAUCUACCAGAUUUUACUUUUGACAUUANGCAUUUUUUAUUAAAUAAUAAGAAGUAUCUUUCAGCAAAUCUUUAUUAGCCAGAAGAAAUUCUUUAUUAUCUAGAGUUUGGGAAUUAUAAAAUAAUUUAAUAUCCAAAUUUGCUUGCAUUUGAAUACAAUGAUGAGGUAACGUGCUUUCAUAUUUCUGAUUUAAUAUUCAUUUCUUGCAGGAAUUUGCUAAAAUAUGCAUUUACAAUUUGGGCGGUACAAAGCCAUACUAAUUCAAUACUUCUUUAUAAUUUUGAUUUAUAUUCUUUACAUUAAAUCUAUAAUUAUACUUUUAAAGAACACUAAAUUUACAAUCCACUAGAGUACUUAUAUAUGUCUUCACAUUUAGCCAUUUUAAUUAAACAAAAUUAAUCUUUAUUUAUAGCAAUAAUUGGAUUUAAAGAUCUAAAAAUCGAGUUGAUUGAUAUUAAAAGCACUGAAGGAAUCUAUUUCGAAAUUAUGGAUAAUACAUUAGUAUAUUUUAACAAUGGCUAUUUAAUGCAAUAUAAUUUGCUCGAUAUAACUGCAAUUAUAGAAACUAAUAUAUCGUCCUCGCAUCCCUUGGUUUCCUCAUAUUAAUUCUAAUUGAUGUCAUCUUAAUAUAAUCAUGAUAAAAUCCCCUUUGAAGUUAUUAUUUAAAACAGGUGUUAUAAUGUAAUUUCUAUUAAGAAUUCAACAUCUGUUAAACUCAAAAAAAAUUAAAUUUUGCCUAUUCAAAUUUCAGAAUAUUUUUCAGGUCCAAUAAAUAACUUAACAAUUUAAGGAUAUCCCACAAUUAAAUUGAGAAAUCCUUUUUACUAUGCAAAAGAAAUCACAAAUUGUCGAUAAGAAGCAUUCUUGUGUAUUAAAGAUUAUCAAUUGAAUAAAUUUAAUGAAAAUGAAGCAUAGAAAACGAAAUAUCAAGUAUCAGCAAUAAUCUUAGAAGAUAAAACUCUAUUUCAAAUCCAAAAAUCAAAUGUUUAAGAUAAUGCCAAUCAAAUAUUUUUGAUAUAGGAUAAUUUGUUUCUCUGGUUUUCACUAUUAGAAGAUAAUCUAAAAAUACAAUUAUUGUAAUGUAAAAUGAAAGAUGAUGAAAGUUGUAUAGAACUCUUUACAAAAGUCAUAAACUUUAAAACUGAAAGAAAUUUGAAUUAAAUAAUUUUCAAAACAAAUAAUUUAUUUAAAGUGCAAGAAGAUUAGAAGAAUUAGAUUCAUAUUUUUAUCAAAAAUUAGAAUUUUAGUAUAAUUAAUCUACCAGAUUUUACUUUUGACAUUAAAUAUAUCGAAAAGUCAUAAGAUUAUUAUGUUGCUUUAUAAUUAGAAAAACUUUAAUGGAAAUUAAUCAUUUACUCAAUUGAUGUUAAUGGGUUUUAUGAAAUAUUCUUUAGAUUAAUCGAUGACGAAAUUUACAAUUUAUUACCUCAAAAACCAAUGAUUUAAGAAAUUAAAUUAGUCUAAAGUUAAAAAAAUGUGAAUAUAAUCACACUCUUUUUAUUAUUAUCUGAAAUUUAAAAUUCUUAUAUGAUAAAAGUUUAAAUGGAUCUAUUAAAUAACUUUACUUUAUCUUAUCAUUUGGCAAAAUAGAUACGAAAUCCUAUUUCAGAUUUCCCAAUUGAGCUUGGUUAUGUAGAUGAGAAUUAUUUAGUUUUGAACUAACUUAAUAAUAAUGCCACAUUUUUAUAUGAUUUACAAGAAGAUAGACUAUUUUAUGACUUUAUCUAUCGCUUAAAUUGUCAUAUUUAAAUUCUCAAGGUGAAUACUACUCAUUUCAUUUUUAUCAAUCAAUCACAAGUUCAAUUAGGACUGAUAUCUUAAUACGAAGUUGAAUUGUAAUAGAUUAAUAAUGUAAACUAAGAAAUUGUCUUAUUUGCUCAAAACGAUGUAUCAGAUGUUAAAAUACUAAUACAUAUAACAACUGAUGUUUUUAAUUAGAUCAUAAUAAUGAUUUAAUUAAUAAAUUUGAUUGCAAUUGUAUUAUAUUUAAGAAAAAAGUAAUUUAGGAAUAGCAAAAGAUAGAUCUAAGAAAAGUACUUGGAACAAUGA